AUGGUCGGAAUUGAAAUUUAUGCGAAUAAAAAAGGGAAUUCGGAAAACGUUUCUUACAAGACAAUACAAAGCAGAAUAACCGGGUUGACUCAAUCGAUUUCUGGCACGGAAUUGGUUUUGCCUUCGUCAUUUUCUGGAACGACGGGAAACGGUAGAACUCCGAGAAAUGGAGCUUUAGUAUCGGCCAACAUAACGCCGGCCAUAUCGAGCGUUAUCGGACGUAAAGGGAGGCAUUUAUCAGGAACGUUUUGCGUGACGGGUGACACCAUGGAAGGAAUAAUACAGUGUUUGGUUUUUUUAAAAGCUUUUUCGGAAAAAUUUUUACGCGGAAUAUAUAUAAGAAGAGGAGGAAUCAAGUUGACCGCCAUUCCCGAUAUCGGCGAAAAGAUUUUCAAUUUAUUUUAA